AUGUAUGUGAAAUGGCUUGAUACAGUAAUGUUUUACUAUGUGAUUUUAGUCAAUGUCACUUUUUGUCAUUUUCAAAUUUCCCGCUGUUCCGUCCCCCGUACGUCUUGACGCUCGGAGGGGAUGGAACCCAGAUGACAGAUGCUGGCAUCUGCUGGAUUACAUUGCCAGGGACACUGCAGGAGGGAAACCGCGGGAACGCAGGACAAGGUAAGUGACCAAGGGAUCCCGGGGCAGCGCCGCAUGGUAAGCCCAAGUGUAGCUCGGGGUUACCGCUUGUGCUACACUCGGGAAUACCGCCAGGGAGGU